AUGCUACCAACUCCAAACCUUGAUCAUUUAACUGCGGACGACUACGAACAUGUCUAUGAACCAGCAGAGGAUACAUUUCUCUUCCUUGAUGCUCUUGAGAAAGAAGCAGAAUUUAUUAAGAACAGGGUGAAGCCCACGAUAUGUCUGGAAAUCGGAUGGGUGGCAUUUUUAAUAAUAAAACAAUCGCUGGAUCAUCGUAGGUCAGGAAGUGGAUGUGUCUCGACAUUUCUUGCCCAGUUAAUUGGCGCUGGACAUGCUUAUAUCAACCCAUAUGCAUCGAGUAUUACUUAUAAAACCGGUAUGAAGAAUAAUGUGCUUUUAGACCCAAUAACUACCGACCUGAUGUCUGGGUUAUUGCCUCGUCUCAAUCACAAUGUCGAUAUUAUAUGCUUCAACCCCCCUUAUGUUGUCACUCAACCCGGAGAUGUCAAUUCACCAAAUAUGUUGGAGAGAGCAUGGGCAGGGGGAAUCGAUGGAAGAGAAGUGAUUGAUAGAACACUACCAUUGAUAGCAGAAUCAUUAUCUUCCAAUGGAGUAUGUUAUCUUCUUAGUGUGACAGAUAACAAACCUAACGAAAUUAGACAGAUAAUGCUCCACGAGCAUGGACUCUCCUCAGAGGUUGUAUUGUCGCGUUUGACCGGAAUAGAGAAACCUUCAAUACUCAAGUUCUGGAGAGAACCGUUAAUCUAA